AUGAAGAUUGCGUUGAUUUUGCUGCCAUUUCUUCUGGUUUCGAUCAUGGUCAUCGAAUGCCAAGGUAAGUUGUUUCACGCUGAUAAAUAAAAUUAUACUACAAGUACUAAAGGUGAUAUGUUUUAAUCUUUUGCUUUUUGCCCUUUUUUUUGUUUUGAUGAAUUUCCAGGAAAAGGCACCAAAAAAGGCAAGCAAGCUACAAUCCCAGAGGAAAAUAUCAAGGACUUUGCGGUAAUCAGAGGUUACAUUAGUAAAGCCAGUAAUUUCAAUUUCUUUCAAUUGUCCGUUAUUUGUUUAAUUUAAUAUACGUGUUAUGGAGCUCCCACAGAAAUUAGACAACCAAUCUGAGAUUGCCGAGCACUACUCAACUUGACUCCUCGAAGAGGGAGCCCGGGAGAGGGAGCUGUAAAAUAAUAAAUUCAAUGAUUCCUUGUUCGUAGAAAAAACCUGGAAUUACAAAGUCAAGCAUGGAGGACGAUAAUAAUGGUGAAGAAGAACUACCAGACUGGCUUAAGAAACUUUUAAAACAGGUAAUACAAUCAGUUUCAAGAUAAGACGAACCAUCAAUAAAUCUCGUUUUUUGACGUCGCACUACUUCCGUGCAAAGUGGGCUCGAAUGUAAGCUAACACAGCAGGGCUCUAACACCACGAUGUCUCGCAGCGCCACUCAGUAGAGGCGCCAUGAACUGUUGGCUGUUUUUGCAGACUAGCACGAUUGUAGAACGCUUUUGAUUUAGUCUGGGAAUUUACUUCAGUGGUGCUAAAAAACUGUUGAGACAAACUGUAAGCAAGGUAGGGGCACCCAUACACCAUGCUAAGUACCUAUCCGUGAGCACAGCUAUAUCAUCCAAGCAGUGCAUGGCAGCCAUGGACAGUCGUCUCGCCCUGGCUCAUCAGCAUGGCAUAACCAUAGGACCACGAACGGUCAUUUUUUCUCCUUGUCAACUGAGAGAAGGGAGACUUUCCUUCCCAUUUAUUUUCAAUUGUUAUGAACAACUGAUGAUGCAAGUUGGUAUGGGAGACUAACUGAUGAAAACCAGGAUGUUAUAGAGUAACGACUAGACGAGUAAAGGGCUAAAUUUACAACAACUGUACUAGAUGAUUACUGCUGAGAGAUCAUUGCGGGCCCUAGACUGUGAAAAGGUGUCUAAAUCUUUUUACUUGUAAUAAGAGUAAACGAAGUGUUCAAUAUUCAAAACCCCCUUAAUAAGUAGAGGAGAAUAUUGUUCUGGAGAUUAACACUGAGUUCGAUUCUCACGAAUUUGUAUAUAUAUUGCAGACAGUCCAUAUAAUAUAACGUGUAACAUUAAUAAGAUAAAACUAUGAAAGGUUUGAACCCGCCCAGGAGUCAUUUCACAAGUAGGUUGAGUAUGAUCGUCCGGUUGAACGUCAGUCACUGUCAACAACAACAGUCCUAUUCAGGACCACGUUCACCUGGACGAUCAUACUCAACCUACUUAUCAAUAAGAUAGUUAAAAAUUCUAGCAAGAAGAUCUUGAGAGGUAGGAAUAAGGUUACUUACAAUAAUUUCUCAACUAAAAGUAAACGGAAGCGGCUUAAUGAGCUUCGCACGCCAGUAGUACCACAUUUAAAGGUAAGUCGUGCUACUUUUGAAUCAACCGAAUUUCAUGUUUUCCUUUUAUAGUCCAGGAGCAAAUUAUGGUCCGUCAGCCAAAUACCCUUCGAGCAGAGCAGAAGCUACUUUCCUUUUCAAUUUAAAGUCGGAUUAAAAGUAUUUUCUGCGGUAGUCCAGUCAGUCGUUCACUGUAGAGUGAUGCGAAAAACGCGUGAAGCUGGGGAGAGGAUGGGCGGUUUCCCGUCACUACCCCAUUUGCGCGCGCCUUAUUUUCGCUCCUUAUUUUCGCUCCUUAUUUUCGCUCCUUAUUUUCGCUCCUUAUUUUCUCCUUAUUUUUCUCCUUAUGUCUGCUGCUUAUAGUUCACUUGCCGAACGAUGUUGUUUUUCUUUGCAGGGAAAAGCUUUACAGGCAGCAGCAAGAUCGAAGGAAAAGCAAAAUGAUUUGAUUGUAGGAAACGUCUCGUCAGACUCUCAGUCGGAAAAUGAGCGUAUGUUUUAAUUACGAAUAUUAACCCAAAUAAAGGUGAUAAAAAUCGUGAAACCAAAACAGUCAAAACAUUUUGUCCUUUUAGAGCGGUUUUCAUUUGAGUGUCGAAAAGUAAUUGGUUUUGCACUUUCUACACGAUGCGAUUGGCUUAAAAGAUUCGCGCCACCUUUUCAUCCAAUCAGAAGUAAAACCAAAGCCAAUUGUGACGCGCUCGCAUGCAUUUUCCCGCGCUUUGCGUCAGCCACAUGUAAUUACUUCGAGUUUUGAUUGGUUCAAUGUAUUGUCUGUGUCCUAUGUGAUUGGCCAGAGUAAUUACUUUGGUUUUGGUUUUACGACACUCAAACGAAAACCACUCUAAAGCAGAAAGGUUCAAAAUUAAACUGUUGAAAAAUAGUUCACUGAUGAUAGUGUUAUGAUACCGAGAUAAAGAAAAAAAUGAACUCAAAAGUAAUACAUGCAAACCAUGGUUCCAAUGGUGGCAAAUUACUUUUCUUUCACUUGAACAUUAUGUUAAUUAGCCUUCUUUGACUCGAUUGCAAUGCUUCUACAGAAUUCAAAAAAAUAUUUUGUCUGAAAACGAGCGAUUGAGGUCUAGUUAGAUCAGUUACCAUUUAGGAAUCAACUGUAUUGUAUUAGUACUCGUGUAUUAGCGCACGUGGUCGGUCUGUUCAAUAUAUGGACAGCGAAGCUAAAAGCACUUACUGCUGACGUCAGUUACCAUCUUUAAAUGCUGUUUGUACUUUAUUCUUAAUCACCAACGCUCCCCUUUUGCUUGCCCCCAUACAUUUCAGUACUCCGGCCCCCUUUUUUCUGCUUUUUCCCGUCUAUCUGUUUCUAUUCUCAGCCACACUCAAAGGUUUUGUCAAAUGAACAAUUUUAUAGUCCUUUAACUAAACAUUAUAUCAUAGUUUUGGAUGAUGCUAUUUGUGUUUUGCUCUUCAUCAGUUCCAACCGCCGAUGUCGACACAUUGAUCAACUCCUUUGGUCAGUUAGGCACACAAGCAACAGGGGCUACGAAGGGUCUAACUGAGCUAAAGGAAAAUUGGAAUGAGCUCCCGCUGGAAAGUCAAGUGAAAUUGAGGAAGGUUUUACACUCAGCUGCCUCGAACAUUGAAAGUUUUACCAACACGGGAGACGAUGAAAUGGCUGCCAUACUGGGGGCACUCGACAUGUUGUCAAAGAUGGCGCCAGUUGCCGGUCCCCAUGGCGCAUUUCUUUCCUCAUUUUCGAACUUCGCGUCUGGGCUUUUUAGUCUUUUUGGGGAGGGAGCACCGAUAAAGAAAUCUAUCGGAAAAAUUGUGGAAGAAAAAAUAGAGAAGGCAUUGGAAAAAAGUCGCCAGAAUGAUCUCAUUAAUCGGGCUCAAGCAACCAUUCAGCUGUUCUACGUUUCCAAGGCAUAUUUAGAUAGCUUUGCUAGUGAUGGCAGAGAACUUGAGGACCACGAGGUAAGGUCGAUUGAGACACAUGUGCCAAUGGCAACUGGAGUUCCCUUCAUGGAAAUAUUGGCAGCCGAAAUAGAUCGUCUUCUUGAGGCCAACAGGAAAAACGCUAACGAUGCCAAACAAAUCUUGAAAUACAUCGAGCUUUAUACAACCAUGGCCGUUCUAAAAGACAUAACUUUACAGGAAAUGGCUUUUUUGAUGCCAGCGAGCCAUAAAAGAAUUCGAGAUGGCAUGAUAUCUGUUCAGGAAAUGUUUCGUGAAUACGAAAAGUCCCUCCUAAAAUUCCUUCACGAAGGUAACGCCGGAAAGAUGGCACUGGUUUACUAUGACCCCGACUUGAACCCAGUGACAGAUUCGUAUUUGACAAAGGUUUUAAAGGUACCAGAUUACGAUCGUUCCAUGGCCGGAAUCCGGUGUCUGACGCCACGAGGGUCUAAUUAUCCAGUUGAAGCGAGAGAACAUCCAGAAGAUUUUGUGACAGAAAACCAUCCCUACAUCGCCGCAACUGGAUCAGGUUGCCACUGGAAACUUGUCCCUCAUGGUAAUAACCUCUACACAGUUGUUAACAAAGAAGAUUGCUCUACUAGUGCCCGGUAUUGUGGAAAGUAUUUGUCAUUCGACACAUACAGAGGGGGAUUCCUUUGGCUGAAAGCCAAGUCCAAGCUGACACUUAAGCCCGACGCAGUUCUCUGGGAAAUUGACGGCCCUUCUAAUGCGAAGUAAGAGUUUUUUAUAUAUAUAUAUAAUUCCUAUUCCACAAUCAAGUUUUCCUUGUUUCCUUUUUUUUUUCUCUGAAAGUCAGAACUACGAAGACAUCACUUGAUCAUAUAGUGAAUACAGGUGCGUUCGAGGAGGUCGGACGCGAGUAAGUUAGCUAGUACAUUUUUUCACGUUUGGUACUGUUGUGGUAUCACAAUAGCCACCUCGAUAUUGCUGCUUGUGGGUAGAUACUUUUCCUCCUCUAAUUCAAUGAAGUUUGCUCUGGGCAUUACUAUACCCGCCAUCUUUGUACGCUCUCUAGGAUUGAUGGGAUAAAAGCGAUGACACGUGCUAUUUCAGUAGGGAAACAGUGACAAUAUUGACAAUAUUGGCCAAUACGAGCAAUCGUGGGGCGCUUUCCAUUCAACCCAAAAUUCCGGAAAUUUCAGUUGGUUCAUCAAAUGGUACGGACCAUUUCGGUUUGGUCCGACCAGAAUAUUCGUGACCAGCUUUGAAGAUGGUCCACUGUGACCGGUCUGGUCAUUUCGGUCGGUCGGACCGAAAUGUCCCUUUCCAUUUGCCAAAAUUGUUGUCCCCAGUACCGCUCUUUUGUAUCCUGCUUACAGGAACAAGUAGUUUCCAAUGGAAAGUGAAGUACUGUGACAGUAAAGCCAUGACAUCUCAAAUAUUGCCUGAAACCUGUCCACGAUAUUUAACUAGAGCAAUUUAUUAGUUAAGUUGAAAUGAAUACAACAAAGCCUGGAUGAAUACAAAUUUGGCCAAAACACCGAAUUAUUUACCGUACAGUUCCAGGAAUUGCUUGGAAUCGUUCGAAUAUUCUGAGAAACGUAUCGCUUCAAUUCACGAUAAUUUUUUACCUUCACUUGCAUUCAUAGGCCUUCUACACGAAAUAGGAUUCCUCCGCCUUUAGUUUUCCACCGCCCCUUUUCGACAGUCGAGUGUUCUUUGAAACAGUACUUACGCUUCUCUUUUAGAGUGUAAUUUUGAGUCUGCUGCGAAGCCACAAUAACUAACAGGCGGUGGCUUGGGUCGGGUCUGUGCAACCGGAAUGUACCGUUCCAUUGAGCACGUGAAGUUUCCGACAUUUCAAACCGGAAUUUUAGUUGAAUGGAAAGCGCCCUAUGGUUUCUAUCAGGCUCUCUUUUCGUUUCGCCUUGCGCGCCGGAAUGUUAUUUACAAAGCGAAACGAAAAUUGAGCCUGAUCUCAGGUUAAUAUUGUGGGUCGUUUCUAUGGAAAUGAAUUUAAAAUAAUCCCUUUUUGGAUAAAUCGUUUCUUUUCUCAACGAAAAAUCCUAAUGAUCGGGAUUUUUGUUCUGAUCUUGGACUUUAGCAAAGAAACGCACUCAUAACAAACUAACUAACAACAACAACAAUACCAACGAGCUUUAUUUGCAUGACCAUUAAAGUACAUACAGUAUUGCAAAAGCUAUUUUAAGAAUCGAAAUUACAACAUAGGCCAAUUACGUUUAAUACUUUGAAAAUAAUUUGUCACGAACAUCAAAGCAAACUGAAAUACAUUUUAUGAAUUGUAUAUUGAUAAGUAACUAGAGGAGUUUAUCAGAACUGGGCAAUAUUUGGAAUCACAGUCUUGACUUAAAAAGAAUCCUCCUCUUUUACAGGUGGGGUGGGGGUGGGGGCGGGCGCUGGGUGAUUAUUUUAUUAUUUUUUCGACAUUUUUCAUAAAAAGUAAAAAAGAAAAAAAUCAAUCAAUCACGCUUACAUCGUACAAAUAGCUAAAUACAUAGGCAAACACACACAGAAGCUAUUACAGCAAUACAGUCUCCUAGUAUGUAGGAAUACAAAUUCUUCACCUUGAACUUUACACUAAUGAUGAAUUUAAUCAUAAUUGGCUCCUGUCAUAAUAUCACUUAUAUAUAUCGCAAAAAAAAAACGCUGAUUAAUUUUUCCCACUUUUUUAAAUGAUUGUUUAAUUUGCCUCUUUUCCUGGCAAUAUGGAGUUCAAUUAAUAUUUUAAAUUCGUCUUGUCCUGACAAUGAAACCCUGAAGAGAAGGUAUAACAUUCUGGCAUUUCCGAGAAUAAAUAUAAAACUUACCCAAAAGCAAAAUAUGAUUAAACAAGCGGAAAUCAUCUCCAACAUCGAACUUACCAAAAAUGACAUCUUCUUUAAUGUUUUCAACAAAGACUGUCAUAAUUACGCAGCCAGGACAAGACAAUGUUUCCUGAAAAAUCAGAUGAUACCUUAGAGGAAAAGAGUAAAUGGCAGUAAGCACAGGUCGGCGAAUCAGCCAUGCCGAAACGAAAAACUUUCUCGUUUAUAAAGACAAUACAAAUUUAAUAUUUUAAACUGAAAUUCUCUAAGUUCAGAUUCUAAUGUCUUGCGGAAGGAUAGCGAAUAAACACUUUUCCUCUCAAUAUCUGUGUUCGGAUACUUUGCAGCGAACUUUUCUCCUAAGCAACGGGGAUCCACACUCCUCGAUUAGGCCUAAGAUUCUCAUGUAGCAGUAGACGUUGUUUUGCUUUUUGUCCAGGAAAAGCCGGUAGAUUUGUUGUGAGGAAGCAUCAAGAAUUGGAUCCAAAUUAUUACUUUUUAGAAUAGCUGGUGAAUCCGGAAAUGGAUCAAUAACCGGUGCAGUAGUUGCCUUUUUAAUUGUCAAGGGCGGUAACUGGUAGGCAUAAAGUUAAUAAUACCCAUAAUGAAGCCGGAACCUUGCGGCUUAGGAUUGAGAGGAUUGAGCUGGGCGAUUAAGAAUAUUAAGAAUAGUAUUAAAAAAAAACCACCUCAAAUUGAAAACUCUCCCAUCAAGAUAAAAGUCUUUUGAAAGUACAAUACUUUUCGGUAGCAGCGAAUUAUCUGUUUACGAUUUCUAGAGUCAAUAUGGAACUUUUGCAUCGACGACCGGGCGUCAUGUGAUUGUCCUAUUUUCACGUCGAAGUCGUGCAGUGACGACAAAGAAAUGUACAAAAAGCGUAUUGCAUGUGCAAAGUUGUUGUUUUGUUUAACAAACCUUUUGCUUUUUGACGUUCUCGUUGCCGACGCCGUCGGCGUUGCUAAAGCUCCCUAAUUUAAUGAGAGAUAUUUAAAAGAAAAACCUGGUCGACUUUUUUAUUCGCUCAUUAUGUUUUCUUCUAUCAGGCCCGGAAUGGAACAGUUAUGUGUAAACAAGAGCCAUAAUGGCUCUUGGUGUGAAUUUUUUAAAAAGCGUGACCAAGCUAAAAGCAGAUCCUUAAAAUAAUAGUUUUCAAAGUUUUUUGUUGUAAGUGAAAUGGACGAAAUUCAAUAUAUUUUUUUAAUAAUGGAAAAACGCCAUUGACUGUCUCUAUGUGAACUGCCUAACAUUUCGCCUAAACAAACGCAAGCUGCAUGUCUUGGAUUCCCCGCCCCCACCUCUGCAGUGUCUACUUAGCACCUCCNCUCUCCCAUCAAGAUAAAAGUCUUUUGAAAGUACAAUACUUUUCGGUAGCAGCGAAUUAUCUGUUUACGAUUUCUAGAGUCAAUAUGGAACUUUUGCAUCGACGACCGGGCGUCAUGUGAUUGUCCUAUUUUCACGUCGAAGUCGUGCAGUGACGACAAAGAAAUGUACAAAAAGCGUAUUGCAUGUGCAAAGUUGUUGUUUUGUUUAACAAACCUUUUGCUUUUUGACGUUCUCGUUGCCGACGCCGUCGGCGUUGCUAAAGCUCCCUAAUUUAAUGAGAGAUAUUUAAAAGAAAAACCUGGUCGACUUUUUUAUUCGCUCAUUAUGUUUUCUUCUAUCAGGCCCGGAAUGGAACAGUUAUGUGUAAACAAGAGCCAUAAUGGCUCUUGGUGUGAAUUUUUAAAAAAGCGUGACCAAGCUAAAAGCAGAUCCUUAAAAUAAUAGUUUUCAAAGUUUUUUGUUGUAAGUGAAAUGGACGAAAUUCAAUAUAUUUUUUUAAUAAUGGAAAAACGCCAUUGACUGUCUCUAUGUGAACUGCCUAACAUUUCGCCUAAACAAACGCAAGCUGCAUGUCUUGGAUUCCCCGCCCCCACCUCUGCAGUGUCUACUUAGCACCUCCCUGCCGGCAGUCCGUUCGUACGUACGGGCGAGCUUAGGCUGACGUGUAUAACCAAAUUUUCUCGCGUGGAUAGGUUUCCAUUUUCUAUUAGCUAUGGGGCUCCGUUGCGCGCGCUUCCCGCGCACAGAGGCUCCGCUAAAAAGUUACUUUUUUCUGUUGUCCAGAACAUAGUUAAUUAAAGUGGAAUGGUUGGGAAACCCUUUGUUAUAGGUUUUUGUUAGCUUUCUGGACCUGACCGAACACAACGUUCAAUAGCAUUCCUAUCAUUUUGAAGUUAUUGCCCAAUAGAAACAUUGCAUUAAUUCAUUCAGUCAUAAUUUGUGAACAUAAAACAAAGGAUUGUGCACCAUCAGGGAGAUUCCAACAUAACCUACAGCACCAUGGUUUUCAAACUUUGAUGUUUGUCGGAUUUCCUAAUCAGUCUCCUCUACUAACUAUGUCCAGAAUAAACAAGUUUGUUUUUCGGUGGAUUUCUCACUUGUUUAACCCCUGGGAAACCACGUGACAUGGCUUUAACCUUAUCAGUUUUUAGAGCGCAUAUGUGGAUGGUGGGUAUCGUGAAUAAGGUCUGAGCCGCGAAUCUUUGCAGUGAGUUCCGUAUGCCCAAAUACGCUAUGUGCAUGUCCAAUUACCAAAGCACUUUUUAUUGAGGUAGGUACAUCUGGAAAGCUGAUCGUACUGGGUAAAAAUUAACUUUGCAAGACACAAACGCGACACCGAUAGAACCCAAAAGAGAACGGGGUUGAAUUAGCCGUAGAAAGCUGUUUCGCCAUUACCGUAGCUUCGUCAGAACAGCGCAAAAACAGCCUAACAACAUUAGUGAGUUUACGCAACAGGACGGCAGGAAGAAGAGGAAGGCAAAAUGUUUGUGUGUGACAAACUUGACAGGGCUAUAACUUGCAUGUUAUGUCGUGAUCUUCACUCAGCAUUAAUAAUUUCUGGUUUUUACAAAAGAUCUGUUUAAAGGAAAGUGAUGGUUGGCGAAAAGUUAUUUCAAACAAAUUUGUUGUCACGGUUGUCACACAAGGUUUGCCGUCUUCUUUCCUCUCCCGUCCUGUUGCGUAAGUUCACUAUUGAAGGCUCACACCCAACGAAUCGGCAAACUCGUUCCCAGGGAUCUGUCCCACUCGUCCCCCGAAGCUCUUUCUCGCGCUCCCGGCGACGAUCGAGUAGAAGAAGACCAUCACUUGGAACAAGGUUGAACAAACCUUAGGAAAACAGGGACAAAACGAUGAAAAAAUGUACAGUAGAUGGGAUCUAUUUAUAUAUGGAAAUCAUUUUUAAGGUUCUUGCGAAUUUCACUUUAUUCUUGUUCAUUUGUUGCUUGGUUUUGUUCGUGGGUCGUUCAAGGUCAAAUGAAAAUCGUUCUUUAUAUAAUAUUAUUUUUUAACAGGAUCCGGUGUAAAUAUGGCUGUGGCGAUGAUGAAGAUUGGAAAAACUAUGAGAUUGAUAUGUAUUCUGAACGCUACCAAGCGAAGUCUUACAACCGCGUGAAUCGUAACCCAGUCCACUGGUACAGACUAUUCCAUCUAAAAGAUAUGGGUAGUACUGUUUGGUCCAUCACAAAGGUAGGUGCUAUGAAGCCACACACAGGCGUCCCAAACUCACCAUGCAUGUGAGCGGUGUUAAAACUAAUUCAUCACCUAAUAUUGUGUAAUGUAGUGAUUUAUAAGGAUGGCAAAAUAAUUAAAUGGAAAAAAAUCGCCUUAUCUUAGCUUCGUAUUCUGUAGCAAGGAUUUGCAAUAAACUUGCUUUCAGUUGCUGUAUUUUGUGUUCCUGUGUUGUUUUCGCAAGCGAUUGUGCCUGGUGUGACUGCUAUUUAUCUUAACUUUCAUAAUAAUAGCCAAACCAACCCAAAUCCCUUUAAAAUGACUGAGGAACACAAAAUGCAUCAAAAGUAAUAAAAAAACACACACGAACUGAUAAACAUUUUGAACUUUCGCAUUUAUAUAAAAACUUGACGUUUCGUAUCAUUGUGCAAGUCAACAUACAUUUAGAAAGUGAUGGGAAGUGACCCGUUACAGAUUAUGACAAAACCAUGUGUACAAAAUUGACAAGGGAUCUAGAAAUGAGAUUAAGAAACUUCCUAACGGUGAAUCAGUAUAAGGCAAAAGCAAGACAGGAUAAAGGGGACAGAGAAGGCAUCCCCCAUACACACCCUAUUACAUAGGUAAUUCGUCUCGAGUUAUUUUUAGAAUCGGGAUAAAGUUACCUCGCGCGCUGCGUGGAUGUUUCGUGGAGGUUUCGCAUGACUAAACGCCGUGCAAAACAUGUCGGGCGAAAGGCAAUGAAAGCGUAAAGAGCGUGGGUCAUCCACACCGAACACAUUCGCACUAUGUGAUUGGCUGUUGUCUAAUCCCCCUUGGGAUCUGAGGUCUUAAAAAUAACUCGAGACGAAUUACCUUUGGAAUAGGGUGCAUAUGGGGGAUGCCUUCUCUGUCCCCUUUAUCCUCUCUUGGCAAAAGCUAAUUAAUAAAAGCAUCAGCUUUUCACUGCUGAUGUUGGCAUUAACCGGCUAGCUUAUUUAAAAGUGCGAAAAUUCAAAAUGUUUAUCACGGCUGUUUUUGUUUUCUUUUUGAUUAAGGUCCAAGAACGAAAGUUUCUAUCAUACAGCAAAAGCUAGCCUAGACUGCGAUCAGUCUCUCUUUUUCUUCAGAUUUAGUAAGAAGGGGAGUGCACGCGCGCGCGAGCGUUGAGCGGCGAAGCCGCAAGACGCGAGAAACGAGGUCGUCUCGCGCCUUUAGUCACGCGCGUGGUCAUUUGCGUGUCUCGGGCGUUUUGCUCGAAGGACCAAGAAAAAAGAGAGACUGCUCGUACUCUAAAGCUGCCAGCAGGCACAUAAAGGGGAGGGGGAGGGGGAAGGGGAGAAAAGCGCGCCGAAAGGGACCUCGUACCACGGGUAGUCCAACUGAGUGAGAAUCAAGGUUGAAUCCACACCGUCACUUUGAUUAAAUGCUAUCUAUAACAUUCAAGAGCUGAAAGGUGUACAUAACAAGGAAUAAAGAGUAGUAUAGGACUUUGUAAUUCCUUUAAGUUGCUGAUCUACACAAGAUUCGUAGUAGCUGAGCUCAUUUCACAAAGUUGAUGUUAUAAACAUCCUUCAUAUUAAUAGGCCUGCAGUCAGCCGCGUAAUAUAUGGCACGUCAUGCAAUGGGCUUGUCAAAGUAAACUCGGUUAUUAUGGCUUUCAAUGCUUCAAACUGACAGCGAAUUUGGAUAAUAAGGGAUAAUGGAAACAUUAAUUUAAAACAUUUCAACUAUGUUUAUUUGCAGAAUCCACCCCAGCAGAGAGAUGCGGCCCGCCAUCGAAACCCCAAAUAUUAGAAAGGCGAGUGUCUGUUCUUGAAGCAACACUUCCAGAUGAAACAAGGACUGGAGAAUACAUCGAAUAA